AUGGAUUCGUCUUUAAUUGUAGCUGUAAGGUUAAGGCCAUUCACGAAAAAUGAGGCUUCGGAUGGGCCAGUGUGUCUUGCGAGUAUGCCAAAACCUGGCAUUGUUCAUAUAUACGAACCUGGUCUCAAAAACAAAAAUGUUCGUGAAUAUAAAUAUGACCACACAUUUUGGUCACUAGACACAGAAAAAAGCUCCAUACCAUAUGCAAGUCAGGAAACGGUCUAUACCACAAUUGGUUAUCCUUUACUACUCAAGACCCUCGAUGGAUUCAACACAUGCAUUUUCGCGUACGGCAUGACUUCUUCAGGAAAGACCUACAGUAUAACUGGUCCGCCGAAUGAUCCAGGGAUCAUUCCUCGAAUUAUCAAAGACUUAUUUGAAAAUAUUGAAAAAAGAACGACAUUCAACAACAAUUUCUCUGUCAAAAUGAGUUACUAUGAAAUAUAUAAUGAACGGAUUCGUGAUCUCCUCUGCCUAAAUCCACCUGGAAACGGGCUUGUGGUUCGUGAACAUCCAGUAACUGGCCCUUAUAUUGAUGGUUUAUCGUGUAAAGAUGUCUUUUGUGAGUCUGAUGUCACUGACUGGCUUGAUUUUGGAGGUCGUGUACGCACUGUUGCUGCAACUCCCUUAAAUGAAAACAGUAGCCGGUCACAUACUGUACUUGUUUUGUCGGUGACCAGGCGUUCCACUACUAAAUAUUCUCUGGGAGAUGUUGACAAUGUAUAUAAUAGUCGGAUUACUAUUGUUGAUCUUGCCGGCAGUGAACGCCAGACAUCGUCAUCCACUGUGGGUGGACGUUUUAUUGAAAGUUGUCAAAUCAACAAGUCCUUAUUCACUCUUGGCAAGGUUAUCACACAACUUUCUCAAAAUGCUGCUAACAAUAAAAGACCUAUGACAAUUACAGAGCCAAGAUCAGCUCCUCGAAAUGUUCCUGCUCCAGUGAUUUCAGUUACUCCGUGUCGAUUAAUGAAUAAAAGAAAAGAUUUUGUUUCUUAUCGGGAUUCAUUACUAACCUGGCUACUGAAGGAUAGUUUAGGAGGGAAUGCAAUAACUGUAAUGCUGGCAACAAUCAGUCCGUGUAUUACUCAUUACGAUGAAACAUUGAGUACCUUACGUUAUGCUAAGAAAGCUUCAUCUAUUGUUAAUUCAGCAGUGGUCAAUGAAGAUCCGAAAAGCCGGUUAAUUCGUGAAUUAAUGUCAGAAAUACGUGCAUUACGUGCAAAAGUAUCAUCAGUUUCAUGUGAGUCUGGUACAAGUCAAGCAUAUGAAAUGGCUAAACUAAAAGAAUUAAUUUCACUCCGUGAAGAUGAUGUUCAUCAAUUACGAAGGAGACUAACUGAUCGUUUCCCCCCGCACAGAAGUAAGUCUACGGAGAUCGCCACUAUCACACCUGAACGAUGCAAAUCAACUCAAACUUCAGUAGAAUUGUAUUCUGUUGAACCGAAUCCAUUGUUUCAAGUUUCCACUAAUUCACUUUUCAAUGAAAACGGUAGAAGUCUAAUUAAAACACCAUUACGCUUAAAGAAUGAAAACAAUGUAGCAGCAGAUUCUCAAGAUUCAGAAGAAUUAAAUUCACAGUUUCCUGCUACAUCACCACCACCACAACCACCAUUGCCGUCUACAUGUGAUGUUCCCACUUCUAUUGGUCAUUCUUUAUUGUGUAGUCCAGAGAAACAUUGUCAACUGAUUGAACAAAUUGACAAUUUAAAGUGUUCUUUGAAAUCUGUACAGGAUAAUUUGAUGAGGGAAUCUCUGUCAGCGAAACUUGCCAAUUGUAAAGUAGAGGAGCUUACUCAGAAGGUGUGUAGAUUGCAGGAGAAUCUGACCGCUCAAACAUGUUUACUUGAAAAUUUUAGACAAGGAUUCGACAGUUUGAAUCGAAACUACCAAUCAGUUUUACAAUCACUGCCCCACUUGUUGAAGAAGGUUGCACGUGUAGCUGAACCUCACUGUGUACUUGGCGAUAUUACUAGUCAACUGAACCACUGUUUGGAUCUACGUCCUGGUUGCAUUCCCGUGGAUGGAUCUUCAGCCAAUCUUCAAAGACACACUGUCCUUUCCUGUUUGCCUGAAAAGCCCAGGAAAAAUGAAGAUGAAUCACAGUUCCCAAGGUAG